UUGUUAAAAUUUGUUUUAAAAUUCCAAAACGUAAACAAUUAUUACAAAUUUUGUAAAUCUCAUGUUUCAUGCCGAUGUCCAUUUGAUUAUUUUCUAUUUUCGUCUUGAAUAAACUAUGUAUUACAUAGCGUAAUUUAAUAUGAAUGCUUCAUCAAAUAUACCAAGUUUUGAAAGCAAUUCUAAAACUACCUUCUGGAAAAAAAAUAAUCAUGUUGUGCCUGGUCGACCUAGUCAAAAAGAUCCACAACGAUCAGAAUCAAACAGAGUUCGAUUGUCAGGCUCCACAUCAUUCCAGGAUUUCCAAGAGUCGGUCAGCGACGCUUGGGAUUUGGAAGAUGAUGAUGAUCUUUCUAUAAUUCCAGAUACCAAAAUAUCAAAAAGAGUCUCACAUAACGCAGCUUUAAAUGUUAUUAGAACACAUAAGAAAUCUUUGAUACCUUCCAAUGCUCAAAUCUCUGCCAGUAUUGUUCAUGAAACAGCCAUACAAGAUAAAUGUACCACAAAAUUAAGUGAUUCAUGUGAAUCUUCAACAAACCCACCUAACACUUCUACUAUUGAUAAAAUAUUGAAAAAAACAAAUCAGGCUUACCCAGGGAGGCCACAACCAUUUCGAUGUUCAGUAUUUACUUCAAAAGACCAAACGUGUCAAUCAAAACUAAAUAAAUUUACGCCUCUACUUGAUUCAAAUUUAUUGAAUUUGUCAGAAUUGAGGCAACUGGGUUGGUCAGGCAUACCAGCAAAGGUCAGAGCUAUCACAUGGCGUUUACUUUCGGGGUAUUUGCCAGCUAGUUUAGAACGUAGGCAAGCAGUAUUAGAACGAAAGAGAUUGGAUUACUGGAACUUAGUUCAGCAAUAUUAUGAUACAGAAAGAGAUGAAGCUUAUCAAGAUACAUAUCGACAAAUUCAUAUUGAUGUUCCUCGCAUGAAUCCAAUGAUAGCACUAUUUCAACAGUCAACUGUUCAAGAAAUGUUUGAGAGAAUUCUUUUUAUUUGGGCAAUCAGGCAUCCCGCUUCUGGUUAUGUGCAAGGAAUCAAUGAUCUAGUAACACCUUUUUUCAUGGUUUUUCUACAAGAAGCGUUGUCUAUAGGUACUGUUGUAGAAAAUUUUAAUAUAGAAAAUUUAUCAAAGGAGCAUAGAGACAUAAUUGAAGCUGAUUCGUUCUGGUGUUUAUCAAAAUUUCUUGAUUGCAUACAAGAUAACUAUAUAUUUGCACAAUUAGGAAUACAGACAAAGGUUAAUCAAUUGAAAGACCUCAUUCAAAGAGUGGAUGAGCCUCUGCACAAACAUUUACAAAUGCAUGGUGUCGACUACCUGCAAUUUUCUUUUCGUUGGAUGAACAAUUUGCUCACUCGAGAACUUCCUUUACAUUGCACAAUACGGUUAUGGGAUACAUAUCUUGCUGAAUCAGAUGGAUUUGCUUCAUUUCAGUUAUACGUUUGUGCAGCAUUUUUAUUACAAUGGAGAGAACAAAUAUUGCACGAAAAAGAUUUUCAAGGUUUGAUGAUUUUACUUCAGAAUUUGCCAACACAAGAUUGGACAGAUUGUAAUAUAGGUGUAUUGGUUGCUGAAGCAUAUAGAUUGAAAUUUACUUUUGCUGAUGCCCCCAAUCAUUUACAAAGAAAUUUGAAUGUGCAAUCUGAUAGAUGA